AUGUCCGACAAAGUGCCCGUAAAGCUAAAGGGCUUACAGCUCACGCAAUGCGCAAAACGGGCUGCCCAGCUCGAGCGACAUAUGCCCAUCAUGACCUACUGGAUACGGUUCUACAUGGUUCAGAGAAUCAUUGCUGGAGGUCUUCACUCGGCCGACGACGACUGCAAGGCCUAUACCACCGAUCUCAUGGAGAAGCUUGAGCAGGCAAAGGCCGAUAACCCCAACGAGGAUGCUCUACUCGAUGAUACCGUCGCAUGCGCCUACUGCGAACAGUUUGCUCUGCAGACGCUUGGGAAGGCUGAGAGAGAGAUGAGAGAAAACAGAGUCAACGGACAAACCGCCGACACGCUUCUCGCCGCUUCGACAUUCCUUGAGAUUAUGUCGGUAUGGAAGAACAACGAUCCCGAAAUCACCUCCAAGACAAAGUUUGCCAAGUAUCACGCGUUGCGCAUCGUCAAAGCCAUCAAAGCCAAUGAAGACCCCAAUGCGACAAACCCUGUGCAAGAAACCCAACAACAACCCAUAUCGCCGCCUGCUCUAGAUCCCGACGACCCAGAAGUCCAGCGCAUAAACCAGUCUGCUACCCCCCAACUACAGACGAAUCCAUACCAGCCUUACGUCGAGACUGCGCCGAACACGUCUGCUCAGCCCUCGCCGAACCUGCCCUCUGCGCCUACAGGGUACACACAAGCAUCACAUAGCGACGUCUCGCCCAUAUCGCAGCCAGCCCCGUCGCGGCAGGGUUCUGUUGUUUCUAUCGGUGGUGGGUACUUUCCCAAGACUGAUCCUCCUACCUUUACAGCAGAGACAACGGCGCCAGGCCUUCCAACAGCACCCAUGGACAUCGAUCCAAUGACAUCUUCACAGCCGGGAAGCCCUCAGGCAUCACAAGCCCCAGGUUUCUCUGACCCAGCAAGCUUCUACCAAAACACUGCAUCUCCACCACCCCAGCAAACGCCUACUCAAAACCCCUAUCGAUCUCCUCCCCAGUCUAGCCAUGGCAUGGCAGCUUCGCCAGCUCCUCAAGUUCCACAGAAACCCCAGAAUCUUGUCUCCAGCCCGGUAGCCCCUCCUCAGAAUUACCAAUUCGCCGCGCCGACGCAACAGCCGCCUCCGCCUCAGUAUGCACCACAGCCAACUGGUUUCCCGCAAUCCGCCCAACAACAGUAUUCUGCGCCACAUCAAAAUCCAUAUGCCCAGCCCCCACAACCACCACCUCAACAACAUUCCCAAGGACCUUUCAGGAAUGAUGAGGACUCCAUCAUGGCCGCUCAAAAGCACGCCAAAUGGGCUAUUUCCGCACUGAACUUUGAGGAUGCGGAUACGGCUGUCAAGGAACUACGCAUUGCAUUGCAAGCUUUGGGUGCCUUGUAA